UGUAAGGAAAUUUUAACAAAGUCUUGGUUAAAUAAUAUAUGAUAUAGUGUUAUGUAUUCAUCCAUUUUAUUAUAAGGAAAACAAAAUUUUCUGAGUUGUGAUAUCAAAUUUGUUUGUGUGCUUCUAUACUACCAAUUUCAGGUACAACAUCAAGGUUUUUUUGUCUAUACGAUUUCAACGGAACCACAGUUAAGAUUCGUCAGCCAUAUUCGACCGCGAUUAUCUAUAACAUCAAGGAUCAUAACACCAAGUUUGUUUCCAAAACUUGGUUGAGCAAAGGUUUUUUUUCCUUUCACUAAUGGGCAGUGCAAAUACUAUGUCUUGAAAGCUUCAAAAUGGGUUUGGUUCAUAAAACUCUUCAACAUUGCAUCAACAAACACAAAAUAAUUAGGUUUUUAAGAUAACAUACACAAUUCAUGGAUCAACACAAAUGGUGGCAAGUUACGUGGUUGUUCAUCUCUAUAAUAGUGUUUCUUUCAUCUUUGGUUCAAACCUUAAAAACUUAUGAUCAUGAAUCAUUAGAAGACCUGUUUUGCAAGCAAGUGAACAAAGAUAUUAAAUAUCCAAAAACAGGUAUCUUCUAUAACACUUCAGUUCCUUCUAACUAUACAGGAAUGAAAGUUAGAGUUGUUAGAUUGAGAACAUCAUCUUUUUACAUAAGAGGGGUAAAUUAUAGUCUUUUCAAUGUUCCACCACAUGUUGUGCCACAACCGAAUAGAAAAAGAAUGGUUAUACUAUAUGAAAAUUUUGGAAAUUGGUCUUCUCGUUACUUCAACGUGCCUACUAAUUACAUAAUGGUGGCACCUGUUUUUGGUUUUAUGGCUUACACUUCUUCACAAAAUGCAUUCAUAGAAAAAGAGAAGAUGAAUCUUGUAAUCCAAAGGAAACCUAUUUUAAUACAUUUUCAUCAUGUUAGGUUGCAUGGAAAAAAUGAUACACCAAUAUGUGUUAAGUUUUUAGAUGAUGGAAUAUUGGAAUUCAACAACAUGAGUAAGCCAUUUGUUUGUGAAGCAUUUGGGACAGGACAUUAUACUCUUGUGAUUCCAUCUUCAUUGUACAACAAGAGUUUAUUUAACAUUUGGUGGGUUUUAGGGUUUGUUAUAGGUUUUGUUUGUUUGGUCUUGUUGGUUUUCGUGUUGCUGACUUUAGUUAAGGCUUCAAAGAAGAGGAAGAUAAAAAAAUUGGAGAAAAAUUCAGAAAAUGGUGAGGCUUUUGAUACUUUUUGGAUUGGUGAAACUAAAAUGCCAUUUGGUUCAAUGGUUAGAACUCAACCUGUUCUUAUUGAAAAUGAUUCAUGA